UUAUAUACCGAAGCAACGAAAUGAUAUCUAUUUCCCUGCGAUAUUCACUACAAACAAAACACAACCUCCAACUCCCUUAUUGAUUGGAAAAGGAGGUGAGUGUGAGGCAGAACCCUAAACCCACUUUCAAUUCCGCAUUCGGCAGCCAAGAGAGAGACGAGAAAGACGGCGGUUUGUGAGGGGGUGAUAAUCGUUCUUUGUUGUUCGUUUCUUUGAUGGCAAUACCCAUGUCCCUUGUUCCCUGUUCCAGUUUUGCUUCUUAUUCUUCCUCCUCGUUUCCAUUGCAAUCUCGUAAUCCCUUCAAGCCCCAUCGCCAUGGUUUAAAGAUGGAUAAUCCCACCUCAAAUGGGUCGCUCGUUGUUAGCUGUUCCGCUCGCGAAAUGGGUUCCAACUCUGACCCUUUGAACGGGAGCAUGAAGCAUCAGAUAUCAUCUAUGGCUCCUAGCGGGAUGACACUAAAUGAAGCUUCCAUGUCCAUGCCAUCGUAUAAAUGGCGAAGAGUAUUGCUUAAAGUAAGCGGUGAAGCACUUGCUGGUGAUCGGUUGCAGAAUAUUGAUCCGAAGGUUACUAUGGCGAUUGCGAGGGAGGUUGCAGCUGUAACGCGUCUGGGCAUUGAGGUUGCUAUAGUAGUUGGUGGGGGUAACAUUUUUCGUGGAUCGUCGUGGGCUGGAUGUAGUGGCUUAGACCGUUCGUCUGCCGAUUACAUUGGGAUGUUGGCAACAGUGAUGAAUGCUAUAUUUCUUCAAGCCACAAUGGAGAGUAUAGGCAUUCCCACACGAGUGCAGACGGCGUUUCGUAUGUCCGAGGUUGCGGAGCCAUAUAUUCGACGUAGGGCUGUGAGGCACUUGGAAAAAGGCAGAGUUGUGAUCUUUGCAGCUGGUAUAGGCAAUCCGUUUUUCACUACAGAUACUGCAGCGGCCCUCCGUUGCGCAGAAAUUAAUGCAGAAGUUCUGCUGAAAGCGACAAACGUUGACGGGGUUUACGAUGAUGAUCCGAAACAAAACACGAAUGCACGUCUACUCGAGACUCUUACAUACCAGGAAGUAACGUCGAAGGACCUUUCAGUGAUGGACAUGACAGCGAUUACUCUAUGUCAGGAAAACAACAUUCCUGUUGUUGUCUUCAAUCUAACAAAACCGGACAACAUCUCGAAAGCCAUAAAGGGCGAGAGAGUCGGGACGUUGAUCGGAGGAACAUGGAACUCAAACGUAACAAGCACGUGACAACGAUUCUUGUAUAGUAGGGAUUUGACGAGAUUUUGACAUUGAUAGCUUUUGGAACAAUUUGCACGAGAUUUGUUUAAAUAAAGUAUUGAAAUCUUUUGUAAGAUCUAAACCCCACCGUUAGUAGAUAUUGUCUGCUCUAUCUCGUA